AUGGAUGAUUCUGAAACAUAUGUCAGCCACUUUCUUCAAGAACUCAACUGUCACCAAUACCUGGAUAGCUUUAAAAAUUGGAAUCUGACUUCUCAGGAUGCACUGGCACACAUAGACAAGGAGAUAUUAGUUGAAGUUGGCGUCAAAAAGAUCGGUGAUCGCAUUCGCAUUUUGAAAAAAUGCCAGUCUCUUCGUGGUAGCAGGACAAGGCCUUCCCAUGAGGUGCGAGAACUCCUGCAGAAGUUCCAGGCUCUCAGCGUUGCACAGCUUACAACAACAGAGGAACUUGUCACAGACAAGCAUUCCGCCAUCUUCAUACUUAACGACGGGUCGGCUAAGAAGGUCAACGUCAAUGGAUGUUUCAAUGCAGACUCGAUCAAGAAAAAGCUCAUCAAGAAGCUUCCCAGCGAAUUCAUAGCAUGCACACCGCAGGGUGAAGAAACCAGAAAUUCACAAGACUACGACGUUUUCGUGGUCGAUUAUGUCAAAAAUGUGUUACACUUGCUUUAUGACGUAGAAUUAGUCACUAUAUGCCAUUCCGUUGACCGCGUUGAGAAGAACAGACUUAUCUUUGUCUCCAAGGACCAGACCCCAAGCGACAGAGCCACUUUGACCUCUAAGAAGCUCUACCUUAAGACGCUGAGCGUGAUUCACCAGUUGGGCUCGCUUUCGGCGCUAGCAGGUACCACUUCAAGCGCUCGCGCGAAGAUCCACGCUGUGAACGAACUUGCUGCUCCCGGGACGGCCGCUGGGGCGCCUAAUUCACUAAGAAUUGAAAACAACAAGGAUACCAUACGGCAGAUAUUCAACCAAAGACCUCCUAGCGAGUUGAUAUCCACAAACUUGAGCGAGUAUUUCCCUCACACGGACGCCAAGAGCUUACGGAAAACCAUAGGAAACUCUGUUCGUCAGUCUAUAAGGUUGAGUUCCAUCAAUGGCUCCGCAACUCCCGUCGGUGGUAACAAUGUGGGAGAUAUCUGGGUCAAUAAUUCCAACGCGGUGGGGAAAGCCCUCUUACAAAGCCUUGACGGAAAUCACCACGUACCAACCGGCUCAUCUUUGUCAAAACGCAGGACACAGAUUGAAGAAGACACACUCAACUUCAAAGCCCCAGAAUCUGCCCACGGAGAGUCGGAAGUCAGCAAGAAUUCCGAGGGUACAACAGAGCGAAGAACUGGUCCCACGAAAAGGCCUGGCCUUAUCUCUCAUGCAGAAUAUCUGCGCCAGGGACCACGCAAGCAAAAGAGCUCGGAACGCAUAGAGUUGUUAAGAGUUGCAGACUCAGAUAAUGAUGAAGAGGACGAGGACAUGAUUUCAUUGCCCACAAAAAUUGCUACUCCCAAAAAUUGGCUCAAAGGAGCUCGGAUUGGUGCUGGUAGCUUCGGCAGUGUUUACCUUGGAAUGAACGCGCAGACCGGAGAGUUAAUGGCAGUCAAACAAGUUGAGCUGCAGCCAACUGCUGUCACCGCGGGCGUCGUGUCUGUAUCGGAUGAGAUAAAGAAGCAGUACAAUCAAAACGCCAAUGCAUCUGCGGUCAAAAACAGCUCCCAGGUACAUAGGAAAAUGAUUGACGCUCUGCAGCACGAGAUGGGCUUGCUAAAGGAACUACAUCAUGAAAACAUUGUGACCUAUUACGGAUCAUCGCAAGAGGGCGGCAAUCUCAAUAUUUUCCUGGAGUACGUCCCAGGCGGUUCGGUUUCCUCAAUGCUUAAUAGUUAUGGACCAUUCGAAGAGCCAUUGAUCAAAAACUUUACAAGGCAGAUUUUGAUUGGUUUGUCCUACUUGCAUAGAAAGAACAUUAUUCAUAGGGAUAUCAAGGGUGCCAACAUAUUAAUAGACAUAAAGGGAUGCGUAAAGAUCACCGAUUUUGGUAUUUCUAAGAAACUUUCACCUUUGAACCAGCAACAAAACAAAAGGGCAUCGCUUCAAGGCUCUGUUUACUGGAUGGCACCCGAGGUCGUCAAACAAGUCGUAACGACAAAGAAGGCCGAUAUCUGGUCCGUAGGAUGUGUGAUCAUUGAGAUGUUCACUGGAAAGCAUCCGUUCCCUGACUUCUCUCAAAUGCAGGCAAUCUUCAAAAUUGGAACAAACACUCAUCCCGAAUCGCCCUCAUGGGCAAGCGAUGAAGCAAAGAAUUUUCUUCUUAAGGCCUUUGAGCUGGAUUAUCGCCAACGGCCAGAUAGCAUCGAGCUUCUGCAGCAUGCUUGGUUAGACACAUCUAUCAUGUAG